AUGGCCCCGGCCGUCGUGCAGAACAUCGCCUCGCGCUUCCACCGCAUGAGCCAGAGCGCCGGAGACAAGGACUACAGCGCGCGCGAGGAGGAGAAGCAGAAGCUGGCCGACUGGGAGGCCAACAAGCAGCCCCUGGAGCCCGAGGAGAUCCACGUCGAUCCCCAGAAAAAGCCGGUCGGACACUCGAGCAAAGUCUUGCGCAAGGAGGACUUCGAGUUGAUCAAGACCCUUGGCACGGGCACUUUUGCGCGAGUGUGGCUGACCAAGUUGGCCAAUCGAAGGAACAGGGACAACGAUAAGAAGGUGUUUGCGCUGAAGAUUCUGCGAAAAGUGGACGUGAUCCGCCUGAAGCAAGUCGAGCAUGUCCGCAACGAGCGCAAUGUCCUGGCCGCGGUCGCUGGGCACCCUUUCAUAACCACCAUGGUCGCCAGUUUUCAGGACACCGAGACUUUGUACAUGCUGCUCGAUUACUGCCCCGGCGGCGAAGUUUUCUCUUACCUACGACGAGCGCGACGAUUCAACGAGCCCACUUCACAAUUCUACGCCGCCGAGAUUGUUCUGAUAUUAGAGUUCUUGCACGAGCAGGAGGGCGUCGCAUAUCGUGACUUGAAGCCGGAAAAUAUACUUAUUGAUGCCGAGGGGCAUCUCAAGCUGGUGGACUUUGGCUUCGCGAAGAAGAUAGAUAAUAGAGAAACGUACACGCUUUGUGGCACGCCCGAGUACCUCGCACCCGAAGUCAUUCGAAACACCGGACAUGGCACAGCAGUGGACUGGUGGGCUUUUGGGAUCCUGAUCUAUGAGUUCCUGGUUGGCCAACCGCCCUUUUGGGAUCAAAACCCCAUGAAGAUUUACGAGCAGAUUGUUGAAGGCAAAGUGCGAUACCCCAGCGCCAUGUCAAAAGAUGCAAGAGAUAUCAUUGGCGGGCUAUGUACAGUCGACGUGACGAAGCGACUGGGCAAUGUCAAAGGAGGCGCGUCGACCGUGAAGAAGCACCCGUGGUUCAAGAACAUCAACUGGGACGAGCUAUACCACCGGAAGAUGCAAGGGCCAAUAGUACCGCAUUUGAAGGCACCCGAUGAUACGAGGAAUUUCGACGAGUAUGAUGCUGAGCCUCAGCAGAAAGAGCCGUACACGAAGGAAAUGCAAGAAAAGUACGACCGCAUGUUCGCCGACUUUUGA